UUUCUUUGGAUAAGCUCUCGGAACGAACAUUUACAUAUGAGUGAGGGAUCAAGUGUGACUCGUGAGAAUUUCUUGGCAUGUUCAGAGCAAAUUGGACGUAGUUCACCCGAACUUUGGCCUGAACAAUUGCCAGGCGCUUGGGAUAUGUGGAAGAAUUGCUCCGCUCCUGGAACAAAACCGACAAAAUUUCGUACGGAUUUGGGCCCAAGUGAUGUGCGAUUCGUCAAUGAAUUGGGGCAGUUGAGUCCAGAUCAGUUGAUGGACUACGUGAGAACUCUACAAAAUAACGUUUAUACGCUUGGUAUGGAAGAAGGUAAGUGCAUAUGA